UAUCAGUGUGUUCCAGUCAUUGGCUCUGUAAUGAACACAUUUUAAGAGCAGGAUAGCGUUUGAUCUCGUAUUGAUGAGUUGAAUUAUGUGGACAGGGUGGUUCCUACAUGGUACAAAACAAAAGAGAUGCCGUCGGUGACGCUGGCUAGAAAACGACAAUACUUUAUUAUCUGCAGAUAUUUUGGAUAUAACUUGCAGGAACAUUUCAUGUUAGGCAAAGAGAUGUUGUCAACAACAGCGUUUCUUUAAUAUGGGUCGCACGAAAUGUCAAAGACGUUAUGACUAUUUGGAUAUGGCAACGUGGAGAGGUGAACUAGCACUGGUAGUCGGGACUGCACCCUACGUUUUCCCGACGCUAGCGCUACAUCUAUGCGAACAUCAAUGAGAGUGCUGCAGUUUAGCUACCAAGCUAAUGUUAGCAUGUAUUCAUGCUAGCGGGGUAGCUAGUGAUGUAACGUUAGCUAGCUACUGUAGUUUGUUGUUUCUACUUAGCCUGGUUAGCUAGUAUGCAGCAGAAGCCAGCAGCAAAUACAGCGUUUGUUAACGUGCGUUGGCUGUAAUUAUAUUGUUUUAACGUUAGCUAGAUAUUCGAUACCAUCUCGUUAGCUUGUCUCGUCAGAUGAAUUAACGUUAGCUGGUCUGGUUACGUAGCUUAGCAACCUACAUGAAAAGAAAAAUAACAUCUGAGAUACAAUUAGCAUGCAACGUCAAGUCAAACCAACGUAUCUAGAGGUAUACAAAUUCCAAUAGAUGUUUGAUGGUGACAAGCAAGCUUGUAUACUAAAGUGAGAAAACUCACCCUUAUACCUUUAGUCCUUAUACCUUUAGUCCCCCACCACAGUUGUGGCUUUGACAGGGAAGGCUAACCCACCUAGCUCCUAGAAACAGUCCCCACAAUAAACGAAUGAAAUGGGGUCCACUCGUCAGAUUCCUGCAGAAUCUUCCAGAACUGCACCCCCACCCUCUCCUCAUAACAGCUGUGCUUUGCCUCGAUGCUGAUGCUCAUCGCCAUCAACUGUCAGUGCUGCAGCUCUCACUUAUCAAUAUGACAGCAGAAACAUCUUUCUCCUCAAGAACAGUCACUCCAUGCUUAUAAAAGAGAAGGUAACUUAACAGCGCAGCCAAAUGGGAUUUCACGUUUUACCUACAUUAUCUUUGACAUGUAGAUGUGCACCAUCAUAAUAAUUAUCACAAACAUAAUGGAGCAAAAAGCUGAUUUACAGUGUUAUCUUGACUGCAAAAUUACAUCACCUCAUGUCAAAAAUAUGCCAUGCAAGUGCAGCUGCUCUACAGUUUACAACCAUGUUUUGCAAAAAGGCAAUGGCCAGAAACCUGCACGGAUGGGACGGGAGCAGAUUCCACACAGGAGGAGGACCUUCUAUAGCGCCAGACACCUGUUUUGGAGUCCAUCUGGAGCUGGUUGCCAUAGGCGGACCAUGGGCCGCAGCCAAGCCUUACAAGGCCGUUCACCACUCAGGUGGGUGCUGCAGUGGGUGUUUGUUUGUUACACUGCUCCCAGAUUCCUCAUCUGUCCCUUGGUAAAUUAUCAGGAAUUAGUCAAGAUCCUCGCUGUGAUUCAGCCACUUUCUGAAUUGCAAGUCAAAUAUUUGAGAAGAAAAACUACAUCUGGUCAACAUAAAGUAAAUAGCUUGACAGAAUGUAAUAACAAUGUACUAAAACAGUUGGUAGUUAGAAGAGCGGCUCUCUGGUCCUGGAGCUCAUAAGAGAGCCAGCAGUUUCAUUAUGUGUCAUUUAUGAGGUGUUUUACUGUGUGUGUGAGUGUGUGUGUGUGUGUGUGUGUGUGUGCGUGUGUGCGUGCGUGCGUGUGCGUGUGUUUAUGUGCGUGUGCGGGUGGGUGUGUGUGUGUUUGUGUGUUUUUCAAGGAUUUAUCAUUGUCGUUUUACAAUACAACAUUGCACAAUGAAAUGUAGUCUGGGGCAUUCAGGGUGAUUACUCAGAGCUUAGCCAUGCUGUAGGUGUUUAAUGUGUGCCAAUGAGCUGUAUUUUAUUGUGUGUCUGUAGUUUGUAAAUUGUAAAUUGCUGAAACAAACUAACAGAACUAAGAUAGAUGUGAAUAAAUGUUUGGGUGUUAUUUCCGGGCUGUAUUUGCCUGUAUUAGAUUGCCAAAGUAUAGAGAGAUGAUAUGAAAUAAGGGGAAAGAGAGAUGGGGAAUGCAUGCUAUGAAAGUUGAGCAGUGGUGCAUGAAGCAAAAAAAGUUUGACUUCGCAGUAUAGAAUUCAGAGGAAAAUACUUGGAUCUUCUUGCAAUCUUCCGUAUUAUGUGGUUUAUAGAAUAAGUGCAAGCACACAAAGGUAAACACGCAAGGAUUUGAAACGAAAUUUGUAAUUCCACGUUUUAACCACUAUGUUACAUUUGCUUCAAAGCCUGGCACUUGUGCUCGAGUAUAAAAUUGUCCGGAUCUUCCUGUGCGUUUCUUUUAACCCAAACUCCCAGCCCUCGGUCCAGCCUCGGUCUCUGCCUCAUACACAUGAACAGCUAUUAGUGCAUUUGACAACUUUUAGGACAUAUUGAUUUAAACCAGGGCUAUUCAUGCAUUUGUUCUGGGAAGUUGAUGUACCUCAAAAAACAGAGAAAAAGAUCCACUGAUUCACAGACGUCUCUUUCCCAAUGUAAGUCUAUGGGGAAAGUUAGUUUGGCGCUCUUCCAGUGCCCCAUCAUCCAAUACUCAAUAGCUCAGAUAGUGUGAUGUUAUUUUGUUAUUUUAAGAGAUGAGUUCCUCAGUUGAUUUAUUUUUAACUUAAAAUGAUGCCUAAAGUUUGGGCCUAGUUGAAGUAAAAAUAUUUUUUGUACGCUACAUUCUUACAUUGCUCUCAUUUGGCAGAUGCUCUUUUCCAAAGUAACCUAAGUACAUUAAACUCAACAGGAACAAGAGAUAAAAAUAUGUUCAAAUAGCUACAGUACAAGUACUUAUAGGGUCUUUUAAAAAGUGUCUACAGUCUUAUGUGAUUGAUUGGGGAGAGAAAAGUUCGAAUGAAAAGUAGUGUUGUAGUUUGGCCACCAGAUGGAGUGGUAGCUCCUUAAAUGGUCAGGAACCAUGUGGACCGCCUGAAUCGAUACAGAACCCAUAAUCAGGUCUUUGUUUCACUCAUAAACGCACAGUUUUAUAGACUCUACUUGUUAAGGUUUAGUGAAGGAGUGUUUGUGUUACGAUCAUGGAACCGGUAAGGACGAGUAAUCUAAAUCAGUGGUGUUGCUACUCUGCUGUGUGAACAUGCUCUGGUCUUUGUUGCUCAACCUUGUUCAAAACAUGUUCCUGUUCCUUUAAGGGAUCUCUCCUACUUCACCGUAGUGACGUUGCGCGCAGUAUAUUCCAUAUUCAGAGAAAGUCCAGUGGCGGAGUGUGGAAUCUCCUACUGCCAUAGCAGUCUCCUCCAGGUGCUGAGCAAAAAGCAGGUCAGAUCAUUUCAUCUUUACUCCAAUCUUUGCUACGUCCAACAAACUAUAAAACACAAAAAGUGCCGUGGCAUUAAUUGUCACGUUUUGACAUGCGCUUCUCAAUUCCAUUUAAUUUUGAGCGUGUGAGAAAGUUUGUUAUUGCUGUAUUUUCCUCACUGAAUGUGAUGUAAGAGUAGUUGCAGCUCUCUAAAUGAUAAAAAAAAAAACUGUUCUACAUAACUAGGCAGGUUUUAUUCUAAUUAUGGUUACACUUGUAAUAUACAUUGUAAAAGUAGUGCUCUGGGAAUUUUGAUUAGUUCAAUGAAAAGUGAUAUGGUGUCUCUAAAGCGCAUCUGUAUUUUUUAUUUCCAAAUUAACUUUCAAACUUUGGCUAAGAGUGUUGGGAGACUCACUGGCUGUUGGUGGUGAAAGCGCUUUUACACUUGCUCCUAUGUACAGACCUGGCAGGAAGUGCAUGUGCAGUGAACAUCAUCUCUUUCUCAUAAGGCUAAAUGUAGUGACAGGGUUGAGCAAUCAACCGUGGGCUUUUACCAACAUCUUUUUUUAAUAAACUUCAUUUUAUGCUGUCACACCAACAGGAACAGUGAGAUGCACAUGUUGCUUCUAUUUCUUCACCUGCUUUUUCGAAAUAGUAAGGGAGGCUUUUAAUAGUGUCGAAAACCUUAAGAAAGGUAUAUUCGUGUCAAUGUGUCAAUAUAAAAGGCCACACUUUGAAUAUAUGCAGCAAAUGUCAUUUUUAUAAUGUGCUAGAUGUUCUCUCUCCGUAUUACUGUGUAAACUUAGAUCUAGUUCUGAAAACACUAUAAGAAGUAAUGUGGCUUGACCUGAUUACAUUCAUUUGGAUUCCAAACUGUCUCUUAUUGAUGAAUAUUGUAAUUCCUCUCCACAGAACAUUUUUUAUCAUGAACACAGACAAAGAUCCUGAAUUUACCGCCCCAGAGGGAAACGGGAUGGACGUUUGCAGUGAUGUUGCAGAUGUGAAGCCACAGGAGGAGGAAGAAGAGAGGGAAGAUAAUUCAUUCAGUGAGAAUGGAAUGCAGUGUGCUGAAGGUGUGACGGCUUCACAUGUGAUAAAGAUUGAGGCAGAAGAGAUGGAAGAUGACGAGCAGUACCCUCAGGCUGAAAAAGAAAGAGAGAUAUCGCUAAAAGAGGAAAUGGAGGGGGCCAGUGAGGACGGGACGGAGGAAGGAUUCGAUGAGGAGGACGAUGAUGAAGAGAGGGACGGGGAGGGUUAUGAAGAGGGAGAUACCCUGAAUGAGCCACAGGACCUGUCGCUGGUGGACUACUCGCGUUACGACAGCGCAGCCCUGCCAGACGCCCACGCAGGAGCAGCGGCUGGUGCAGAAGGGACCUACGUGCCUGGAGCCGUGGCCCCUCGCAUCCAGACGACAGGCAAGCUCAACUGUGACAUCUGUGGCCUGUCCUGCGUCAGCAUCAACGUACUGCUGGUGCACAAACGCAGCCACACGGGUGAGAGGCCAUUCCACUGCACUCAGUGCGGGGCCUCCUUCACCCAGAAGGGAAACCUGCUGCGCCACAUCAAACUGCACUCCGGGGAGAAGCCUUUCAAAUGCCCCAUGUGC